AAACAGCCUUGCUAUUGUUGUCGUUAUUACUCAUGGCGAUAAUCAGUAGGUGACAAUAUGGAUGAUUUAAAAUGAAAAUGGUAUGCAUUUUAUAAUACGUUUUAACAGCCCCCUCUAAGUUUACAAGCUGUAUCCGCCCGUCUCAAAUAUGGCUGUUUGGAAGUCCUCUAAGAAGUUGGGAUGAUGCCUACACAAGAGAACUGCAGAAUUUCAAGGACAUAGGGGAUGUCGGUGAGAUCUGGUUUGGAGAGGAAAGUAUGGAGCGUAUUAUCAAAUGGCUAAAGAAGGAAAAAAUACCACACAAUGCUGCUGUUCUUGAUAUUGGAACAGGAAAUGGAGUUUUCCUUGUGGAACUGGCAAAAUGUGGAUUUAAAAAUCUAACUGGAAUAGAUUAUUCAGCUGUUUCGGUAGACCUUGCCAGACACAUACUGGAGAAGGAGGGGCUGUCAGAUGUCAACGUGCAGGAGCAGGACUUCCUAUACCCUUCUGCCACACUGGGCGCAUUUGACGUGUGCAUCGACAAGGGUACAUUUGAUGCUAUCAGCCUGAAUCCGGACAGCACAGCCCAGGGAACGACACGGUAUGCGCAGGCCCUGCGUUCAGUCCUGAAACAGGAAGGGCUGUUUCUCAUUACCUCCUGCAACUGGACCAGGGAGCAGCUGUUACACGUCUUCAGUGAGGGGUUUGAACUGCUGCAAGAGCUGCCCACACCACAGUUCCAGUUCGGUGGCAGAUCUGGGAGCAGUGUGACAGCACUGGUCCUCAAGCGCAAGGACUGAGCAGCUGGUGGACAUCACAAGGCAUCAUGGGACUUGUGGUUUUACUAUCCAGUGGAUUUUUUUUUUUUAUUGCUGUGGAUUUCUGCUGUUGUAUAACUAAAAACCCAUACACUUAAUUAAAUUAUGAAUUCAUCAUAGAAGACUGACAAAAUAUACCACUGUACAUCUUCUUUCUUCACAGUCCUUUACUUAGUUUUUAGGAAGUUAUUUUUUACGGAGUACUUUUGUUAUUGUUUUUUCUAAGCAGAGUUUCUACUGUAACUGGAUGUUUUUGUUUAAUGUUUAGGAUCUUGUUGUGAAUAAUCAUCAACUUUAUUGUUAAGCAGUGACAAUGGCUUUAGCUCAAUUUUUUGUGACACUUUUUGUUUAAUCAUUAUUUUUAGGACUUUUUUGUAAUUUCCAUGAUAUCAUUAAAACAAAAAUAACAAAAGGGACCUUAACAACAAGCAUGGGUUUACAUCAGUACGGGAUUAUUUCUUCAGAAAAAGGUUUGUGUCAGAGUUAAUCAAAGCUAUGACAAAUUCUUUGUUCUUUUUUUUUAAUAGAAUAACAAUUUAGAGGAUUUUAAUACAGAGCAUGAACAUAACCAAAACUCCACCAUGUCCCCAUGUGACCCCACAGGGGGCAAAAUAGAUCCAGUUCAGUUCUCUUAAGUAGAUGGGAAGAAGCCUGGGCAAAUAUAAUUUAACAUAUUCUGCAGCAGCCGUCCGGAUAUCAGUGACAUCUGUCCCAUUCCCAGCCACAGAUCCUUGAUGUGGAAUAUGUUCAGCUGCAAGACGUGUUGACUAAUCUACCUUAAAGAUUAGUGAACCUUCUCUUUUACAACACUACUCGUCUUCUCUAGUGCAUCCAUGCAUAUGAACUGUGGAGCACUUGUGAACAAAUCUAGCAAUAGAUGUUUGGGGUCUAGAUAGGUAGGUUUCAUGCAUGCCCCAUACUUCUUUAGCACAAAAACGUGCACUGAAACGAGCAUUUUUAAUAUAAACUCUCCUGUGAGGAAUGGACAAAUACGCUGUGGACAGAGGUCCCCCAGGAAACCGACUACACAUUUACUAAUGUGACUGAUAUUACCAGUGUCAUGUUAGGAUAAUCAUUACAGAGCUAGGCUUGAGGUGAGUGUCACUCCUCUCCGGCAUUCUUAUCACCCAUCUGUUUUCAGUAAGCUGCUAAUCUUGGUGAGGGUCACUGUGAUCUGGAUCCUUUCCCAGAAGCACAAGGCACAAGGCAGGACUGAGAGCACAUGACUGCUUUCUCCCUACACGGGACGCCAGUUCUCACAGGGCCAGGGAGAAAGAGGAAAUUUAGAGUAGCCAGUCAAACCAAGUCAGCAUCUCUUUGGUAGUAGGGAGGAAAUCUGAGCACCCAGGGAAAAUGUGAGUAAUAUACAAACAAAGAGACACACCACAGUCUGUGAUCAAACCCGGGACUCUGGAAAUAGAGUGUUAACUGCCGCUCUGUUUGGUGCAGGUAUGGGCUACACAGAGACAGUUCUUCAUACCAGUGCCAGCUGAUCUAGCAAAUUUGCACCUAGUUUACCAACAUUUUUCUGAGUUGUUUUGGCUUUGGUCUUUCAAUUCUGAAAAUAAAAAAAAACUGAUAACACCUUAUGCAGCACAGGAAGAUAUAUUUUAGUAUCAUGGGAUUAAGAGGCUGAGCAAAACGAAGGUGUCCUUUUGAUGCCUUUCCCAUAUGAAAGGAUACCAGCAUGACGUAUAUCUCCAAGGGAUCAACAGCUAGGCCAGAGGACAUAUUCCAUUUGCCGACUUGACUAAGGCGCUGUCAGCUUUGUACUAAGAGCAAGGUCAGUAGUGUAUUUUAAAUGAACCAUCUUGUUACAUUUAGGAACUGGUAUGGAUCUGUCAAUUUACAUGUCCUAUUUGCAUUAAAGGGCUUUGUUACUGGACAAUAAA